UCGCAUAGUUCUCAUAGACAGUGUAUAAUUAAUUAAAUCUUAUUUAUUAAUUUGUGCUUCGGUUGCCACUCGAAAAUACUCGUAUUGCUUAACACGCAAGCGCUAAAUCGAACACUCAUUCUUAAUGAAGAAUUAUAAAAACCCAGCAUUCAGUUAGCGAAGAAUAAUAUAUAGUAAAACCGGGCAUUAUGGAUCGUUGUCAAAAAAAAAAAAAUCAAUCGAAUAAACCCAACAACUCAAAUGGUUACAACGUUUUUAAGUACACCUACUGGUUUUUAAAUAUAAUAGCAAUCUGGCCACUUAUGUUUCAAUCUUUGGCCCUUAAAAAAAUAAUUUCUAUUAUUCACGCGUUUAUUGUAACUAUAAUGUUUUUAUGGCAGAUAUCUGUCAGGUGUCUUCAUAUGUAUUUUUACGCCAACGAUUUUAACGAACAAAUGACUUUAAUUGCGCCAAUUGCAUUUAUUUUUGUGGUAUUACUUAAAUAUUUAGCUGUAAUUUAUCGUUGUAAUAUUAUUAUGAAAUCAAUAGAGCAUAUAAAAACUGACUGGAGUAUGAUUGAGUGCCAAGAAGAAGAAAAAAUAAUGAUAAAAAAUGCGAAAAUAAGUAACAAAAUAACUUUUGUAUUUUCAGUUCUUAUGUACACAAGUGGAGCGUUGUAUAAUUUUUUUAUGCCUCAUGUGAUACCCCUUCUAUUUCGAAAUAAUAACCGAAACACUUCGGAACGACUUGUUAUUUUUCCCGGUUAUAAUGUUGUAGACUAUGUUAAUUCAUCUCCAUUGUAUGAAAUAACGUUUUUUUUUCAUGUUAUCGCUAUUUUUUUUUGUUUUACUGUGCUCGUUAGCACUUGUAAUUUGACAGUAGUUUUAGUAACUCAUGCCAAUAGUCAAAUUCAAAUAGUCACUGUUCAACUAAAGUCACUGAUAAAUGAUUAUCUCAAUGGAAUAAAAUUCUCAUACCCAAAGAUGUCAAUUAUGAUUCGACAUCAUGUGAGAGUACUUGAAUUUUCGAAUAAAAUUCUUAGAAAAGCGCUAUUAGAAAUUUGUCUAGUCGAGAUUGGUGCAUCUUCUAUACUUCUUUGCAUUGAUGAAUUCUGCUUUCUAAGGAUGAUGGAUACACAAGACAUCGCAAACACGAUACCGUAUAUUAUGUUAUUUUUCGCUUUGAGUUUGAAUAUAUUGAUACUGUGUUACUUCAGCGAACUUCUUAACUCUCAGUUCAUCGGAAUUGGCAAUCAAUGCUACAUGACUGACUGGUAUAAAAUUCCGCUUAAAGCAAGAAAAUAUUUUAUUUUGAUUAUGAAUAUGUCUCAACGACCUCAAAAAAUAAGUGCUGGUGGAAUAAUAAAUCUAUCGUAUAUGACUUAUGUACAAAUUAUAAAGACUGGAUUUGCAUUCUUACAAAUUUUGAAGGCUUCUAAUAUGCAAAGUAAUGAAUAUAAUGAGUAUGCUUGGCGCAAUAUUAUUAGUAAUAUCUAUUUAGUGAUAAAUAUAAUGUCAGUUUCAAGAAGUAAAAUUAAGAAAGCAUCAUUGAAAAACAAUGACAGUAAAAAGGACAUUGACAUGUAUAUCAAACAUACGCGAUGGCUAUUUUAUAUACUGGGAUUAUGGCCUUUUAUGUCUAAUCACUUGACAACUUCUAAAAUAUUUUAUGCUCUGAUUAUACAAAUAAUAUGUUACAGUGUAUUGAUGUUUGCAAUAGUUCCAUCAUUCUAUCAUAUGUUUUGGUAUGAUAAAAGCAUCAAAAUUAAAAUAGCGUUAUUCGGUCCGACAGGAGUAUCUGUAGCGUGUGCUUUUAAAUAUUUUGCAGUUAUUUACCAUCUCAAAAAUAUUAAAAACUGUCUUAAUCUAAUGAAAAACGAUUGGGAAGUUUCCAAGAGUGAGGAAGAUUGGACGAUUAUGAUAAACUAUGCUAAGAAAGGAAGUAAUGUGACCUACUUUUGUAUCGCUGUUAUGUAUGGCGGUGGAGUGUCUCAUCAAUCGGCUGCUCCGUUUUUACCCAGCAGUCCAACAAGUUUACUACGCAAUUCAUCCGAUCGACCAUUACUCUAUCCCACAUCAUUGUUUGAUCCUUAUUUUAAUACUCAAAACUCUCCUAUCUAUGAAAUUUUUUAUUUAUCACAUAUUAUAAUGGGUGUUGUUGUUUGUACUAUGAUGAUCGGCACAUGUAAUCUCGGAGCUAUUUUAGUUACUCAUAUUUGUGGUCAAAUUGAAAUUAUAAUUAUAAAACUACAGAAUCUCACAGAAAAUCGUAGUCACAAUGAAAAUUUUGAUAAAAAUAUGUCAUUGAUUAUUCAACGUCAUAAUAAAAUAAUUAAAUUGUCAGUGUAUACAGAACAAAUUUUGCGUGAAAUGUGUUUGAUUGAAGUCGUCGCGGCAACUUUAUUUAUCUGCAUGGAUGAAUAUUAUUGUUUAAUGGCUUGGAAAAAUAAUAAUAGAAUUGGAUUAACAAUUUACUCCAUCUUAUUAGUGGCAUUUAUUUUUAAUAUAUAUAUUUUUUGCCAUAUUGGUGAAUUAUUAAAACAACAGUUUGGUAAAAUUGGAGAUUCAAUAUAUAUGAUUAAUUGGUAUAAUUUAUCACCAAAAAAUGCUUCGAACUUAAUUAUGAUGAUCGCUAUUAGCCAGAAUCCUCAAAAAAUAACUGCUGGAGGACUGAUUGAAUUAUCAUUCAAGGGUUUUUCUAAUGUAAUAAAAACAUCAGUGGCAUAUUUUAAUAUAUUACGGAUGGUGGAGCUUUAAAAAUUAACUUUACAAUAUGGGAAUGAACAAUCAACAUUUUCUUUCAUUUCAAUACUAUGACAUCCGUAUGAAUUCUUAAGCUACAUCUAUAAGACAAUACUAUUAUUUACUAUAGUCACUUUCCAAUAGAGAUAUUAUAAUAAACAGAAUCAAUGCUGAUUUGACAAACUACAAAACACAAAUAAUUAUAGAAUAAUAUCGCUAAUAUUAAAAUAAUAAAAUCAAGAUAAAUUUAAAGAUAUAUUGUAGAAUUGUUUGAAUAUUUGCGUUUAUAAUUAUAAAAUGUAAAGGUAUUAAUGACCAUAUUUUUUUACUAAAAUUGAUUUUAUAUUGUCACUCAAAACGUGAGAUGUUUUAUUUGUUUAUUUUAG